CAUGGGUUUUCUUCUCAGGUUCCUGUUACCAGCAAACUUACCGACGGUGAGCUUGUGGAAACACAAAUGGAGUUCUCCUGGGACUUCUGGGGCCGGCACUGGAACACGCCGAUAACGGAGAUCUACAACGUCGACGAAACGUCAAUCUACUAUGAAAUGGCACCUAAAAAAGGUUGGGCAGGCAAAGGAGCAACCGAUUCAGCGAGGGUGACUGGAUUGAUGAAGCAUCCAGGUCGUAUGACAGCCGUGCUGACCGUGAGGGCCGAUGGGCAGCGGGUCGUGGCCGAGAAAGUGUUCGCUGUGGUGGACCCGUUGUCAGCGAACACCACGUCCACU